CGAGGCCUGGGAGCGGAGUGCGGACGCGGGCUGUCAUGUCGGCUCUGACUCGGCUUGCGCCUUUCGUUCGGGGCGGAGGCCGGCUCUUCAGAAGCUGCCGCAAGCGGACGGCGGGAAGCGGGGGUGUUCGUCAUGCCGGCGGCGGCGUGCACAUCGAGCCCACCUACCGGCAGUUCCCCCAGCUGACCAGGUCCCAGGUGCUCCAGGCCGAGUUCUUCAGCGCGACCAUGUGGUUCUGGAUCCUCUGGCGGUUCUGGCAUGACUCGGACGCUGUGCUGGGUCACUUUCCAUAUCCGGAUCCUUCGCAGUGGACCGAUGAAGAGCUGGGCAUCCCUCCCGACGAUGAAGACUGAGGACCCGACUGGCUGCCUGACAGGCCUCUCGCCUAGCUGGGGCUCCGUGAGCGUGGCAGUGACUGAAUAGACGGAAACUGUGGAUUUGAAGAAGACAAAGUUUUCCACUUGUUUUCCCGCAGGAGCUGGUGAGAGCGUCAAGAGUAACAGAUUUCAUAUUGUAAAUUAAAGUCAUAAAUUAAAGUGGUUUGAUUGAGAAUGAGAGAUUGCAUUGCGGCUGUUUCUGUAGCGACUGUCCCGAGCUCGGCCUGCUGGGCUGACUGCUGGGCUGAGUGACGGCUACGCCCUCCCAGCUGCUCCCCACAGGUCCCAGGCCACAGAUAGGUACCUGGGGGCCACACACCUGGUCAGUGGCUGAGCUUAGGUCUGACUCCAAAGCCCCCACUUAA